AUGGGCAAAAGAAGGAAGGGGAAACCAUUGAAUAAUACAACAAACGUCGAUUCGCGUCCUAAUGGCGAUAGCGAGAAGGUGAAUCAGGAGAAUUUUGAAGGCAAAGGUGAGAAAAGGAGUUUGGGGAAAGCGGCGAAAGAUUUGGGAAAGGAGAAUCUCCAAAUACCAGUAGAAGGAUUGGGAGAUCUGAAUAUAAAAUUCGGCCCAGGCAUCUAUGUGAGGGGUGUCUUAGUUGGAAAGAGAAAGAUGGGAUGGAGAAUCGAGAAAAGGAUAACAACGCUAAACGGCAAUUUCACUAGAAUGAAGCGGGGUGUUACAUUCUAG